GGUAAUACAGUGAGAGCUCGAGGGAGGGAGCGAGUGAGGGAGGGAGGGAGUUGAUAACUGACUAUCAUCGAAUCCUACUGCCGAUCAUUGAAUUCGUCAAACACUCGAAUAAUUACCUAACGGUGACUUAGAAGUAAGAGUACGAGCACUCCGAGCCUUUGCAUCUGAGAGAGGUUUGACAUGUAAGUUUGUGAUCAAGAGUCUGGGAUUUUUUAAUGAGUGGGAGUGUAGCUCUUGAGGAUUUAGUGGAUCCCAUAAAAAAAACUUAAAGUUUUUCGAGAGAAGCUUGGACUUCUGGCAAAGUGGGGAAAAAAGGUUGUCGAGUACGUGUCUCCAUUUCAGGGCGUUGGUGGCCCCUUCGUUGACAACGACCCACAAUGGUGCGCUGCGCAUGUUCUGUAGUGCACUGGCAUCCUCUCUCCGCCUUCUUCGAGUGCUCCUCCUGAGCUGCGCAGAGAUGAUAUAUGAAGCGAUUGGAGCUUGCAGAGGAAGAUUCAAGGGAGGGGUAGAUGUAAACCGAUCGAUCCUUAACGAUGAUCUGUUGGUAUUCCAACAGAGAGCCCAGUGAUGGAGUGUAAGCUCUAAAUCACAUCCAGCCAGUUCUGAAGGUGGGCCUGAGGGAAGAGCAUCCAUUUUUCAUUCAGUACAUUAUCCAGAUAGAAACAAAAUGAAGGAAACCGUCAGUUUCUGGAAGAGGGAAUUCGUGCUUCCAUGGCACUCCAAGGCGAAUGUCCUCAGGAGCGGCGUCCGACGACUUCCCAGAACUCUCAGCAGCAUGCAAAUUAUCCUUCUCUGUGGAUUCGCCUCCAUUAUUCUUCUGAGGAACACCAUCGGUGCUGGCAGCUUCGGAUGGUCGGUCAGUCUCACGCCUGAAAUCGACGCCGGCUCACACUCCCUCGUGUCUUUCAACGCGCCAAGGCGCAACAAUGUGAAGAUCAACACCAAGGACCUGGUGGAUGACGAAGAUGCUGAUGAACUAGACCAUCCUCUCAAAAAGAGCGAAAAGAAGAAACCCAAGCCCCAGAUUGCGAAGACCCUGACAGCAGCAGAAGAAGAUAUUCUCGUCAAGAAGAUCCUGAAGGCGAACGGUGUCACUGAGACGAUCGUCGAGAAGGAUGAGGUCGAGGAGGAGAAGAAGAUCGACGAGAAGGCCAAGGAAGUGAAGGAGGCUGCAAGGGAGGUGCCUAAGGAGGAAGUCAAGGAGAACGCCAGCUCGAAGACGGAGAGAGUGGAGCAGAAUGCUAAAUCCGACAGCACUCAGCAAAGAAAGCUCGAGUCCAGCAGCAAAUCAGAUCUGGAGGAGCUGUACAUGCCAUGGAUGCCUCCAGGGAAAGAACUCAAAAGCUUGGGCCCAAAGGUGAGCAAUUGGGACGAGCAGAGAGAAAAAUGGCUGAUGAAGCACCCCGAGAUGAGACUUAAUAAAGUCGGCAAGCCGCGCAUGCUUCUCGUCACAGGUUCCUCUCCAUGGCCUUGUGCAAAUCCUGUCGGGGACCAUUACUACCUCAAGUCCAUCAAGAACAAAAUCGACUACUGCCGACAGCAUAACAUCGAGAUCUUCUACAACAUCGCACAUCUGGAUAAGGAGAUGUCUUCCUACUGGGCCAAGCUUCCAAUUCUCCGGAAGCUGAUGUUGACGCAUCCUGAGGUAGAAUGGUUCUUCUGGAUGGACGCAGACGCCAUGUUCACGGACAUGCUGUUCGAGAUUCCCAUGGAGAAAUACGUGGAUUACAAUCUCGUCAUGUGGGGCUACGACGAGGGCAUUUACACCGAGAAGAGCUGGGUGGCCAUCAACAACGGAGUGUUCUUCAUCAGAAACUGUCAGUGGACUCUGGACCUCUUGGACAUGUGGGCUCCCAUGGGUCCUGAAGGAACGGUGAGAGUCGAAGCUGGAAAAAUGUUGACAUCAUACUUGACCAAGAGGCCAGAAAUGCCAGCCGAUGAUCAAUCUGCUCUGGCAUAUCUGAUCGUGAGCAAGGAGGAGCUGCGGCCGAAGGUGAAAUUGGAAUGGGAUUACUGGCUGAGUGGCUACUGGGCCGACAUUGUGGAGCAUUACGAGGAGUACAUGACCAAGCACCAUCCGGGACUGGGAGACAAUCGGUGGCCAUUCACCACACAUUUCACCGGAUGUCAGCCCUGCAGUGGAGUGCACAAUCCGAAUUACUCUGCAGACGCGUGUGUGAAGCAGAUGGAGAGAGCGUUCAACUUUGCAGACAAUCAAGUCGUGCAGAUGCUUGGGUUCCAGCAUGAGAGUCUGGAAUCGGUGCAUUUGAAGAGAAUAAGAGAAGACACCGAUCAACCGCUGGAUUCUGUGAGUCAAAAUACGUGGGUCACUGCGUCAGAAUCUUACGGGUUAUGAAAAGACAUGCCCGUGCUGUUCCUCUCGUAGGUAGCAAUAACUCGUCCUUCCAUCUUCUAUGUUCCUCUGAUUGAGGAUGGAUUUAUAUGGACCCGGCACACACAUAUGUUAUUACCUCGUGAGGUUAGCGAUUGAGUAAGCUUUCCCAAGCGGGGAUGCAGAAGAGAUCCAGAGAAGGUGCAAGUAGCACCUGCCAACUUUGCCACAGCCAUUGUUGUAUAUAGUAUCCUCUACACCGCUUUGGUUGUAGAGCACCAUUGUACACUAUAUCAUUCGAGUCUCUCAAUUUUCUGUUUUCAAUUCUCAUACAGAGAAAUUAAACGAAUUUCUCUGUAUGGACUGAUGUUUAUGAAACUCUGACAGUACC